AUGGACAAUAAUAUUAUAGAAGAUUUUCUCCCGCAUCGAAGAUUAGAAUUUAAGAAUAAUGAAGAAAAUCAUACUGUGAGCUUUGAAGAAGUAUUGCAAGAUAAUAGCAAAGAUAUUGAAGCUAGCAUUGGAAGUGAGAAAAAUAUCAAAAUGAUCCAUGCAUGUAUUCGUGAUGAAGUGAUACCUAAGGUUGGUAUGGAAUUUGAAACUGAAGAAGAAGCAUAUAAUUUUUAUAAUACUUAUGCUUACAAUGUAGGUUUUAGCAUUCGAAGAAGUAAAGGACAUAAGGAUAAAGAUGGGAAAAUGAAGGAUAGAAUUUUUUGUUGUUCUUGUCAAGGUUUUCGUGGAACAGAUAAACGAGAUGUUAAUGUGAAACGCCAUCUUGCUGAAACAAGGUUUGGUUGUCUAGCACAGAUAAAAAUAAAUUCUCGUCAAACAGGAAAAUAUAAAGUUGUUGAAUUUAUAGAAGAGCAUAGUCAUGUGACUUCAAGUCCUACCAAGAGUCAUUUGCAUCGAUCCCAAAGGAAAUUAACUGCUGCCCAAGCAGUUGAAAUUGAAUUGGCUGAGGAUUCUGGAAUUGCUCCUAAGGCUAGUUUAGAACUAAUGGUUAGGAGAGCUGGUGGGCGUGAUAAUCUUGGAUUUACUCUUGAUGAUUGUCGGAAUUAUAUACUCACAAAAAGAACAAUCCAAAUGAGAACAGGAGAUACAGGCGGGGUUCUUGAAUAUCUUCAGCGUAUGAAGUCAGAAGAUCCUAAUUUUUUUUUAUGCUUUGCAAGCAGACAAUGA